AUGUCAAGACGCAGUAGCCGGUUGCAAGCCAAGCAGCAGCAGCCGCUGUCAUGUCAAGAAGAGUCUCCACAAGAACUGCAGGCACCAGAACAUCUCCAGACCAGAAAAAGGAGAACAGCAGAGGAGAUCAAGAAAAGAGAAGAUGGGAAAAUUGCUAAAAAGCAUCAAUAUGAGAUUAAGAGUUGUUGGCCGCCCACGAUAACAGGAGGCAUCUCGCCUUGCAUAAUUAUUGAAACGCCUCACAAAGAAUCAGUAACCACUGACUUCUCAAGAUUCAAAAAAUACAGGUUCAGAAACCUCUUCAUAAAUCCAUCGCCUUUGCCAGAACUCAACUGGGGAAAUUCCAAAGAUGUCUGGCUCAACAUCCUGAAGAAGGAGAACAGAUACGCUCACUGCAAACAUUUCACAUCACUACAUUCUAGUUUGCAACCUCACAUGAGAUCAAUACUCUUAGACUGGCUCUUAGAGGUAUGUGAGGUGUAUGCACUCCACAGGGAAACCUUCUACCUAGCUCAAGACUUUUUUGAUAGAUUCAUGUUGACACAAAAGAACAUUAACAAGAGCAUGCUUCAGCUCAUAGGAAUUACCUCAUUAUUCAUUGCCUCCAAACUUGAGGAAAUCUACGCUCCUAAAAUACAGGAAUUUGCUUACGUCACUGACGGUGCUUGCAGUGAAGAUGAUAUUGUCAGAAUGGAACUUAUUAUGUUAAAGGCUUUAAAAUGGGAACUCUGUCCAGUGACGAUCGUCUCUUGGCUGAACCUCUAUCUUCAAGUGGAUGCUCUGAAGGAUGUUCCGACAGUGCUGCUACCUCAGUAUUCUCAGGAAAAAUUCAUUCAGAUAGCACAGCUCUUAGACCUGUGUAUUCUGGAUGUGAAUUCUUUGGACUUCCAGUACAGAACACUAGCUGCUGCAGCGCUCUGCCACUAUACCUCAAUUGAAGUAGUUAAGAAAGCUUCAGGCUUAGAUUGGGACAGCAUUUCAGAGUGUGUAGAAUGGAUGGUUCCCUUUGCGAGUGUGGCAAAAAAAGUCCCUGUGAAGCUGAAGAACUUUAAGAAGGUUGCAGCAGAAGACCGACACAACAUCCAAACACACACAAAUUAUUUGGACAUGCUGGAAGAAGUUAACAGUGGAGUAGCAUCUACUGCCCCAGGUCAGUUAUCACCCGUGUCAACAGGAGGAAUAAUAACCCCUCCCAAAAGCACAGAGAAGAAAUGAAAUAUGGACAAACAUCACGAACAGUUUCAGAAACAGGACUUGGUGCUUCAGAACAAGACCACACUAAGGGUGACUCAUGCUCUUUACUGCUAUUCGAGACUUAGGCAGUAAAAGACGCAUCAAAUAGAGCAGCAGAUGGAAAUUGCGCCUGGUGUCCUCCUACAGACUUGAUAAAAGAUUUAGACCAAGCAUCCCUCC